AUGUCGAGAGAGGAGCUAAGGAUGCAUGCCGAGAACAUGUUGCGAGCUGCUACAGCAGGUCGCGCCGGACACCCAUCAACAUCGGCCGGAUCACCCUUACGUUUGGAUCUGGAUAGAGGCCAGCUCAACCAAACAGCCGAAGACUUGCCACGGUCGAUGGUGGACACGUCGAAAGAAGUCUACGUGCCAACAGCGGCGAGUCUUCCAUCGUAUCAUAGCAGAGCCUCGGACGCCGACGAGCGAGUUCUGAUGAGAGGUUCGAACUCCGCCACCAGCAAUGAUACUGCCAGACUGCGGAAACUCAAUCUUCAACGAGAAGUCGACCAGGCAAAUGCCGCCACCCGAGUGCGUAAUACAAGCGGACUAUUCAGAGAUGCCAGCUCGACAGACUUACUGUUCUUGAUUGACGCGACCAACUCCAUGAAGCCUUACAUCGACAGCGCCAAACAACAAGUUCGGUCAAUCGUUUCUGACAUUAAAGAAGCAUUUCUGAACCAGGCUGAGGUUCGUGUUGCGACUGUUGUAUACAGAGAUCACAAUGCAAAGCCGAACACUGAAUUUCUCGACUUCACCACCUCAGUAGACGAAGUGUGGCAGUUUCUGGACGGUAUACGCACUGCAUGGGGCAAAGACUUUCCUGAAGACGUUCUUGGCGGUCUUCAGCAAGCGCUGAAUGCUUCAUGGAGACAACAUACACGAUGCAUCAUCCACAUUGGGGAUGCACCACCGCAUGGAAGUCAGCUUCACGAUUUCGCCCCACAACUCGACGACUACCAUGUCAUGGGUAGCGAACCCCAUCACUUGACUCACGGACCGCUUCUCAGGCGGUUGAUCCAGCUUAACAUCAACUAUGCCCUCCUGCGCAUCACGUCCCACACCAAUAGAAUGGCAUUGGUCUGGGCCUGUGCGUACGGUGCUGGCAAUGGUAAACUUCACCCGAGCAAUGAGUACUUUGGCGAGACAGGCAUAAGCGCAGUCAACGGUCUUCGCGAGGGCAGCAGUGAAAGACGCUCUGCCACGGGCGUCAGUCCUCAAUUUGAGGAAUUAGAGCUCGGCACCACAUACAGCAGCAUUCGGCAUCUUGUGCUUGGGAGUGUGACGAGCUCUUUCUCGAGGACUGUUGGACGGCUCUCGAUGGCGCUCGGAUCACCUGACAGAAGCAGUGGCAUGCGAUCCCCAACCCGCCAGGCGGGUAACGACUUCAACGCAAUACAAGAAGAGGGCCAUAGCAGCGGCUCUGGCCAUGGUAGUGGCUCCGAGGAUGGCACACAACUCUCACUUGAGACGGAUCCUCCGCAGUGGGCAACUCCUGGGUGGCUUGAUACGACUCUGGAAGUCCAAGGCUUUUGUCCAGCCACGCUAGUGCACGGCGCCAGUACUCUCAACGAUAUGUUAGCUGGCGAUGAACACAUCAAGCUUAGUGUCAUAGAUCUGACAGUGAAGGCUCGCUCGCAGGCUUUCAAUCACGGCGCUCUACGAAAGGCAUCGUACGCUCGAACCACUGCCUCGACUAGUCACUUUGUGCUCAAGUCAUUCAUCAGAGAGGGACACGGUCGCGCUUACGUGAUCGAAGAUAUGCGGAUGCAAGCUCUGUGUAAAGCUUUCGCCCUCGAAUUCAACAGUCUGGUGCAGAUCGACCCACCGCUUGACUUCAUAGUCACCUCGUCGCUCGAAAAGAAGAGGUCACAGCCGGCGGAUCGAGAUGCGAAGCAUUUCUCUCUCGAACCAUUUCUUGACGGGAACUACGUAAAGUAUAACGACAACUUUGCUGGUGUCAACGCAGAGUUGGCCGAAGAUCCCUUCAAUCAGUCGGCGCAAGCAUUCUCCCACUUCACCUUCGAAAGAUCAUUUGGCAAUCUGCUUGUGAAUGAUCUGCAGGGAGUAAAUCACUUGCUCACCGACCCAAGCAUACAGACCAAGAAUCCGAUGAGGUUCAAGCUCUCGCAGACCAAUCUCCACGAGGACGGCUUCAAGCUCUUCUUCACUACCCACCAAUGCAAUACUGUUUGCGAGAGGCUUGAGCUCAAAAGCAGGAAAGAAAUGUUCAUGACAGGCAUCUUCGAGUAUCGUGAACGCUGGCCCACAAUGGAGCCAACGGUAUCCUGCUCGAACCUCUUCUGCCGUAGCAUCCUACCCCUCACCGACGCAGUACAGGCGAGCGAGUAUCCCGGCACGAGCUGGUGCCGCGACUGUUAUGAGCAGCUGAUGACCUCCAAAACUUCAUGGAUCUGUAUGGCGCCUGGACCGAAUCAUCAAUUCGUCGUCAACCAAUUCUAUAGUGAAUCGCAAGGCAAACUGCCGCCGCGCAAGUGUCCGGAGCACACCGACAGGGAACGAACAGGCUCGAGCGCGGCGGCGAUAGGUGGGAGUCUUUGGGCGAGGAUGAGACCACCAGAGCCAACUGGUACGAUCUCAAGCAGAGCGUGGUAA